UUCAAUUCAUCCCCAUCUCCAUCUCCAUUUCCACCAUCUCCCCAUCCCCCAAACCUCCAAACUCGACUUCAUCUGCCCUGCAAACCUACACACGCCAAACCGGCACCUUAGCAAGCGCCAUACCGUCACCAACGCCACCCGCAAGAGAUCCCCAGAUCCCCCGCCCAGCGUGAAAGAGUGAAUCUGAUUUAUUAGAAUGCCUUCUUCCACCUCCGCACCCACAUCCACGUAGCUAAGCAAGCAAACCCAUUUCGACAUUUGUUCUCUACAUCUCCGAUCCACGACUCAAUCCAACAAUCUAUUUAUCCUCCUCCAUUUCCACCUCUAAUCCCUUCUCCCUUCCUUCGCCUCCACCCCUCCAGCCGGAAAUCAAUCCUUGAUUCUUCUGCCGUUCCAUCAACAACCCCCCCACCAUCACUAUAGCAGUGCGAGUCGCGAGGCAGAUUGCCCCGACCCUCUGGAUUUAUGAUUUGGGACGCGCCCAAAUUCCAUACCAACCCAACCACUCCAGUCUCUCCCGUCCCAUCUCACCCCUCAAUCCCAUCGAAUCUCCCAGUCCUCCAGAACCAGAUCGACCCUAUUUUCAAUAUGACAUCCACCCAUACCGCGUCAUCGACAGACGCGCCCACCGACAAUCUUCCUACGAAUUCAAAUGCGACGGCGGAUGAUGAUAAUGAUACAAGCGACGCGGCGAGUAACUUCUCGGAUCCAUAUGAAGAGGAGGAUAAACCAGAGCAAAGCAACGCUGCUGCGCCAGGAGCACAGGCAGGAGGCGAGGUCGACGAUGAUUAUGCGAUGACCUUUGAGUCUGAUGGCGAGGCGGAUUCAAAUAGUCCAGAAGAUUCAAGCGAGGCUGUCGAUCAACAUGAAGUUGUUCAGUCAGCGCCUGCUCCAUUAUCAGGCUCUGAGACCGCUCCUUCCCCCAUCGACACCAUCCCUUCCAUCACCAAUACCACUACGGAGCCCAUCGACAAUUCCUCCCUUAACCCCAUUACCUCCCCUCCUACGACUUCUUCUGAGCCUGCUCCUCUAGCUGCUGCUGUUGAUGGCGGUUCCGACCCCGCGAUGUCUGAGACAACCCAGGCCCAAUCUCAAGCCCCUCCAGCCCAUUCCUAUGAGAGUAUUGCCAAAGGCGAGAUAGACAUUCAGCAGCUGCUUGAUAACAUCACGGCCAAUGCUGAAAUCAAUGCCACCUCCGCAAAUGGCACACCCACCGCAACCACUGUUAGCUCUCCAACCUUCCCACCGGGGCCACCCGGACCAACCGGGCCCUCAACUCUCCCUUCUCACUCAAGCCUCCCUCCACGCCCGCAAGUCCUGCAAAAGCCUGCCAUGCACCCGGCGUAUGCUUCUCAAGAUGACAUCCGCAAAUACCAUGCCGGCCCCAGCUUUGCUGUCCCACCAGGCUCUACCGCAUACAGAGCGCCGGGAAUGCCUAUGCCCCUUAUUUCUUCUGGUGCGCCAGGAACAAAGGCCGAUGCUAGAAACAUCCUCCCCCCACCCCCAGCUGCCUCCUUCAAUGCCCCUUCAUCAUUGCCAGCUCCUCCGUCGUCUACACUCCCCCCUCACCCCAAGCAAGACAGAGCCCAGACUUCCGUCGAGGCUGGUGAUGCUGAAGACGCAGGUGAAAUCCAGUGGGGCGCUGAUGUCCAAAGCCUGUAUGAUAAAUUCUUGGCCGAUGAGCGGAUGUAUGUCUCCGAAGGCUUAUGGGACAGGUUCCCUGCGGGAUCAAGGUUAUUCAUAGGUAAUUUGCCAACAGAGAAGGUUACGAAGCGUGAUAUAUUCUACAUCUUUCACAAGUUUGGCAGGCUGGCACAGGUAUCUAUCAAGCAGGCCUAUGGAUUCGUCCAAUUCCACGACAUCAAGUCUUGUCAUGCCGCCCUCCAGCGCGAACAGGGCCAGGAAAUCAGAGGGAGGAAGAUGCACCUCGAGAUCUCCAAACCCCAGAAGAACACCCGACAGGCUGGACCUGGACAAGCGCAACCUGCUACCCAACGCCGCUCGCGAUCCCCGGAGCAUCAAAGAGGCGGCGGAGGUGGCCGUGGAGGACAAGGCCGGAACCAACCCCAGGGCUACGAUCGGUACGAUGGACGAGCUGUCGCCUCGCCCCGCGAAGGCGACCACCGCGGCGCUGCCACACGUGGACGUGAGGACUACCGAGCCCUCAGGUCUCCCUCGCCACAACGUGGUGGGUUCCGUGGCGGCCGCGAUGAGUACGGCCAAAAUCGCGGGCGAGAUAGCUAUGGUGGCCACGAUGGCCGGCACACCCGGUCUCGUUCCCCUGUCUACGACCGUAGAGACGGCGGACGCUACCGCGAGAGGAGUCCCAGCCCUCGGCGUCGCGAAAUGGACGAAGAUGCUGCGCUGGGCAUCCCGCGUCGUGAUACCCGCGACGUCCCGGAGGUGCAGAUCAUCCUCCUCGAAGAGCUCGACCGCAACUUCAUUAGCUGGGUCGAGGGUGAAAUCCGUGGUCGUGGUUUAAAGAGCGAAGUCAUGUUCCUCAGCGCACGCUUACCCGUGGAUGUCGUCGUCCGCCGACAGAUUCUGGAAGGUGUUCUUGCUGUUGUCAAAUUGACGCACAAGGCGCAGCAAACGAGCAGGAUACCGCUGCAGGUCUUUGAUCGUACGCGGGGCGCGGAUAAUGUCCGUUUCGAUGAGUAUGAAGACCUGGAGCCCCGUAUUGCAGCGGAGCUGGUGAUCCGUGAGAAGCAAAAACAACUUACUGCUCCGGCCCAAGCUGCACCGGCGUAUGGACAACAGGCUGGUCAACAAUACGGAGCCCCGGCUGCACAAGCAACUCCUAACCUUGGGAGUAUCGUCGGCCAGCUCGACAACGCGACUCUGCAGAAGCUGCUCGGGACACUGAAUGCACCCAUCCAAUCCCCAACGCCACAACAGCAGCAGCAGAACCAGGGCAAUGGGCAGGUAGACCUGGCUGGUAUCCUAGGAGGUCUGAUGGGAAAAUCUGCUCAACAGCCGCAGCAACAACAGCAACAAUACCCAUCCCAACAACAGGCUCAGUACCCGCCCCAAAGCGCGACACAGAAUUUGGGCGCUCUUCUUGGCGCGGCGGGGUUGGGACAGCAGGCACAGGGACAGAUGCAGGGAGGUCAGAGCGCAGAGGAUGUGCAGAAUAUUAUGGCGCAGUUGGCGAGGUUUAGGCAAUGAGACGGAUGAAGAGUGGGGUUGCGUUUGAUGGGUGCCGUAUCGGUUUACGGCUUUAGCGGGGGGUUAUGCGUUUGCAAGGUGGCUAUGUAAUGAGUAUGUAUGUACGAAAUCGACAAAUGAGGGGGAGAAAGAGCUAAGGGAAAGGGAAGGGGAUGCAGAUAGCAUCAAUUAUAUCACGUUGACGGUCUAGAAUCGGGUGCAUUGAGGUGCAUUGGGAGCUAUAGCUUAUGGUACAUUAAAUAUAUCUGAGCUGGAUAUGGUGUUCUACAUAGAGUUGCCCUUUCUGAGCUCUCUUAUUUUGUUCGUUCCCUCCGCUCAAUUGAGCGGAUGAGCUCGUCUAUCUUCCUGAACGCCUCCGUGCGGGAUGGCUUUAGUGUACAUAGAGAUGGGAUAUCGCGGCUGAUGUAGUAGAUGAUAAUACAGAU